AAUGAACACAAAAGAGGAGCAAAUUAUAAAAUACAUGGGGAUGGAUAGCAUUUAACGAGAACGGUAGUGUUGGCAAGCGUGUCGGUGUUUACUUCACCAGCUGAUCACCUUCCUUUCUUGAUUACCGGCAUGUCUUACUUAACACAGCCCCUGAGAAGAGCCACCGUGGCACUGACCUGUCGCCUCAGCACCCAGGCCUGGCACUGCCCCCCUGGCCCUCCCUGCCCUCCCAGCGUGGCGUGGGGGUAUGUGGGGCGACGGGGCAUGGCGGGGCACAGCAAAUGGGCCAACAUCCGCCACACCAAGGCACUCAAAGAUGACCAGAAGCAGCGUGUCAUUCAGAAGUGUGCCCAGAUGAUUAAAAUGGCCGUCAAGGAGGGAGGCAGCACAGACCCUAAGCUGAACUCCAAGCUGGCACGGGUGAUUGAACACGCUCGUAGCCAGAACAUGCCAGCGUCCUCCAUUGCCAGCACACUCAAGCAGACCCAAAAAUCUCAGGACAAUGCCAAGUCGAUGAUCCUGGAGUACAAGGCACCGGGCGGACUGCUGCUGCUGGUCGAGGUGAUGACUGACAAUUUGGUGAGGACAAGAAGCAGCAUUCAGAGUGUUAUCAAGAAGACCAGCAUACAGGAGGUGAAGGGAGGUGGUAUUCAUCACCUCUUUAACGAGAAGGGGGUGGUGAUCGCUGGGAAAGACAAGAAGAUACAGCUGGAGGAGGCGCUCGAGUUGGCAAUUGAAGUUGGAGCUGAGGAGGUCGAGGAGGAGAAGGGGGGAGAGAAAGGACAGUUUGUGUUCACAUGUUCCCCGGAGGCCUUCCUGGAGGUGAAGAAAGGUGUGGAGGAGCAAGGUUACAGCGUUUCCUAUGCCAACAUCGACUACCUUCCCCAGACACCCCUCUCUCUUGGCCCUGAGGAUCUGGAGAGAGUGAGUGCAGUGCUGGAGAAACUUGACAAUGUAGAAGAUGUGAUGAGGAUACAUGUUAAUUUGUAGAGAGAGAGAGAGAGAGAGAGAGAGAGAGAGAGAGAGAGAGAGAGAGAGAGAGAGAGAGAGAGAGAGAGAGAGAGAGAGAGAGAGAGAGAGAGAGAGA